AUGGUUGUUGCUUGUGCUGUCUGUGUUGCCCAUUGUCACACUAACAACACUGUUACAGGAUCCAUGGCAGAUGUCCCCAAGGACCUGCUGCAAGAGAUUAAAAAGCUGGAGCAGCAGUUCACUGUCGACACGACCAAGCUCAAGCAGAUCACCGACCACUUUGUCUCGGAGCUUGAGAAAGGUACGCGAAACCCAAGCAGGGUCUACUAA